AUGGCUCAGAGAACGGAGAAGGAAGAAACGGAGUUUAAAGUACUCGAAUCUUUGACGCUCUGUUCCAAUAACUGCGGCGUUACGGCGAAUCCGGCGACAAACAACAUGUGUCAGAAAUGUUUCAACGCUUCCGUCUCCGUCGCCGCCGUAGCAGCCGGUGGAGGAGGAGGUGUUGAUUCCGGUUCGAUGUUGAAGAGAUCGGCUAGAUCCGUUAAUCUACGGUCAUCUCAAACAAAAGUCGUGAUUCGUAACAGAGAGAUCGAUCCGGUUAAGAGAGAUCAACAGAUCGUUAACCGAUGUUCUGGUUGCCGGAAAAAAGUCGGGUUGACCGGAUUCAGAUGCCGAUGCGGUGAUCUUUUCUGUUCCGAGCAUCGUUAUUCAGAUCGCCACGAUUGUAGCUACGACUACAAAACCGCCGGUCGCGAGGCGAUCGCUAGAGAAAACCCGGUCGUUAAGGCGGCGAAGAUGGUCAAAGUUUAA